UUGUGUUUUAAAUUGUUAAAAGAUUGCACAAUCAUGGUAGACUAUAGUAGCCAAUAUUCUCUUAUGCUGAAUUUGUUAAAUUGACGACAUCUGCCGUCGGAGGACAGCUUGUUGGCUACUACAAAAUGCACCACCAAGGUCAUGUUCUCCACCCCGAGCAGGCGGCCGUCAAAGGAAGUACACUUGGCUCUUGGGUCUAAGAAUGCCGUUUGAUUAACUGAAAGUUAUUUCUAAUUUUCUGACGACUAGGAGUUGCGAUUAAUUUGUCUACGUAGUCGGUAGCCUACGUAGCAUAUACGGUUACCUUAAUGGCGUCAAUAACUCUGUAAUUGUUUUCCUCAGAGGGACAUGGCGCCUCAAUUAGAUUUUACAUCGGCGAUUUUAUGUAGUCUAAUACUCGCAUACCUAUCCUCAACGACACCCUUGUCGAUACAUAGUCCGUACUGAUAAUUUGUUUUUAUAAUGGAAUUAGUUUGAAUUCUUGGUUUGAUCUGCACCUGUCAUCUCCAUCGCGACUGUUCGUCCUAAGGAUAUUUAGCACCAGGCUAGAAGAGGAUGGCAGUUCCACCCAUCCCUAUGGAUACUGUCAUUGGUUGCUUCUUCUCUUUGCGGGUGUGAAGCGAAACGUCUGUGGCAUUCUGAUGAAAUCUUAAAUUCACUAAUUGCCCGGAUAGCUCUGUAAUCUCCGUUACGGUGGCCAGUGGUACGAGGGCGAUAAGCGGUUUUUAUCUGUGAAGUGAUCCACGCCUCAUUAUACCACCAACACGACCAUGUCCCCUCCAGCAUCGGCUGCGACUGCCAGUGAAAGCAGUACCACUACUGUUUUCGAGGAUGAGACGGAAACCCCCAGAGAGGAGCAGAGGCCUCUGAAGCAGUCCCUGAGCAAGUCGCUGUGUCGGGAGAUGUUCUGGAAAUGCCUGCUCCUCUCCCUGCUCAUGUAUGGCUGCAUGGGGGCUAUGGUGUGGUGCCACGUCACCAAGGUGACGCGCCUCACCUUCGACAGUGCCUUCAAAGGGAAGUCCAUGAUGUACCAUGACAGCCCCUGUUCAGAUGGGUACAUCUACAUCCCUCUGGUCUUCUUGCUCAUGCUCUAUGUGGUCUACCUGGUGGAGUGCUGGCACUGCCAUGCCCGUAAUGACAUGCAAUAUAAGGUGGACGUGGAGGGUGUGUAUGAGCGGGUUCAGCGCAUGCAGCAGGCCAAGCCCUGCAUCUGGUGGAAAGCCAUCAGCUAUCACUAUGUGCGUCGCACCCGCCAGGUGACACGUUACCGCAACGGGGAUGCCUAUACCUCCACACAGGUGUACCACGAGCGCGUCAACACACACGUGGCUGAGGCUGAGUUUGACUUUGGCCACUGCGGGGUGAAGGACAUCUCCAAGCAGCUAGCAGGCCUGGAGAAGACUGCCCUGACCAAGCUGCGGUUCACCAAAUGCUUCAGUUUCGCCAAUGUGGAGUCGGAGAACUCCUAUCUGACCCAGCGGGCUCGUUUCUUCACUGACAACGAAGGGCUGGAUGACUACAUGGAAGCCCGUGAGGGCAUGCACCUGAAGAAUGUGGAGUUCAAAGAGUUUGUUAUCACUUUCUCAGAUCCAGACCACCACCCCUGGUACAUCUCCAACUACGUCUUCUGGACAGCAGCUUUCUUGACUCUGUCCUGGCCGCUGCGUGUGCUGACGGAGUAUCGCACUGCGUGUGCGCACUACCGAGUAGAGAAAUUAUUCGGCGCGGACUAUCUGCCUGUCACGCCGUGUGAAGACCAGCCAUACAGCCGCGGCAUUCCGCGAGUCAACACGAUUGACAGCACCGAACUGGAGUGGCACAUUCGUUCUAACCAGCAGCUGGUGCCCAGCUACUCCGAGGCUGGGUUGAUGGACCUGGCACAGCGAGCGGGCGGCUUUGGCCGGCAGAACUGCGAGCGCUGCCACCGCGCCAUCAGCAGCUCUUCUGUGUUCUCGCGGAGUGCACUCAGCAUCUGCAACGGUGGCAGCUCCCGACUCCCAUUCAGCGGCAGCCGCUUCUCACUGGGCCGCCUGUACGGCUCGCGGCGUAGCUGCCUGUGGCGCAGUGGCAGUGCCAGCCUGGACGACCAGGAGAGCCCCAGCGAGAACACCCGCUGCCUGGCCGGCUCACGGCUGCCGCCCGACGAGGAGGACCCACCGCCCUACCAGGACGCGUUGUACUUCCCGGUGCUGAUUGUGCACUGCAGCGAGAGCUGCACCAACCACCACUCCCUCCACCGCAAUGGCUCCUGUGUGGAGACAUCACUCUGAAGGGGCUGGAGGAGGGGCUGUUCUGGCUAGAGAAGGUGGAGGUGGAGCAGAGCUCUAUACAUGUACUCAGAACAAACACACUUCACCUCAGCAUCAUGGAGUUUCCAUCUCAAUCUCCUGUCCCUCAGGAAUCCAGACAUCCCAAAUAUCUCUGUGUUGGUCACCAUGCUAUGUUUUCCCAAGCCCACAGUGCAUGGGAAUGGAUACGCCGCUGGAAUAUCACACUCUACUUUGGUGUGGGAAAGUGUUUCUGUUUUGUACAUAGCCCAGCAAUUAUGUCAUCAUCUUUUUAUUCUCAUUCACAGCAAUAAUGUGAGCACAGCAGUCACUGUCAUCACGCAGAAGUAAUACGUAGAAUCUGAGCUAUCAAAAGACAUGUCCCCCAGAUAGUUCAGAGGCAUGUUUAUUUGUCUAAACAGUCACACUUAUGGACUGGACUCAAAAUAUUAUGUCUACAAUUAGUUCCUCAUUGGUGCAUACUCCAGGUUUUUAACCUUGGGGUUAAUGUUUUUAAUGGACAAGUGGUGGUCACACAAAUAUUUUGCACUUGAAUGUCAAAUAUGAGUGAUUGCCGACUGUGUUUUAUAAGACUUUCACUGUUAGCAGCUUUCCAAGAUUUAUUGUGAUCUGUCAUAUUCUAUGUAGACACUGGGAAUGCUUGACUCAGUAAUCAAAAUGUACAGUACUUGCCAUCUUGCAACAAGAAUAUAGGCAAAAAAGGAGAGGUUGGAUAAAUCACCAUCUGAAAGAAAUGGAUGUACAAAUUUAUUUCCUAAUAACUGUGACACCAAAUGACUAAAAAUAGUGUUUGGUUACAAUGGCAUGGAGGAUGCCAGUGAUAAGAAAGAUGUACCAUAAAUGUAUUGUGUGUAUUUUACAAUGUGUGGUAAAUUGGUAAUACACUUGUACUAGUAUUGUUUAUCAUAACUUAUGGAACCACCAUGUACCCUCUAUAUCUCUGCAACUCUGGCUAUGCAACGAUUAACCUCUGCUAACACCUAUGAUACAAGUGUAUAUACGAUUUUAAAAAGGAAUGUCAGACUGCUGUAUCUUUUGUAAAUGGCUUAUGCUGCAAGUGCUAUGGUAACCGAAGAGCAAUAGGAUGUUUAAUGACAAGAGGCAUUGUCAAGGGAUGUGGUGAAGUGCACAAGCCGAAUGUAGACUGAACCGCUAUCUGUACUUUCUGAGCAAAUUGUGAAAUAUUUUGAGGAGCUGUGAAUGAGAUAAAUAGUCCACAUAUGGUUGUGGGCAGUCCAAAGACAUUUAGCGUCAUCAUCUGCCUGCUCAGUGUGGAAGGUUGUUGAAAAUACUGCUUUUAUCAUGUAAACCACUUUUUAUACAGCCUAUACACUGAAGAUCACAACUCAGCAAAAAAAGGUUUCCACCAUCACACUGUUGCCUUUCUGUAGCACACACAGUACAAAUGUGGCAGAAUAUACAGAAGACGGGAUG